AUGUACCAGACGGCGAAGACUUCCCUUGUCGCCCAGCUCAAGGAAGCCUACGAGGAGCUGAAGAAGAUCGGCUACCACCUACCACGGCCCGUUCUGCUGUCUACAGCUGGACUUGACAUCGAUUGGCACCGACGAGUUCUGCACAGCCUCGGUGUCGGUGAUUCUUUGCCGGUGCACCUCAGCCUUGCGACCAAGGUGUUCCGAGGCCAGCACACACAAGCGACCAUCAAGACCUGGCUCGAACAGUUGACGACUGGUGUUUUCCAGUCGAUCGUUCCCGCGGUGGUGCCGUCGGACGUGUACGUUGCGGCCACGGUCGACCAGGGGCUCAACGUGGUUAACGCCUGCAAGUCUUUGGGCAUCCCAACGAUCCCGUGCCUCGGCCACCGGAUCCACAGCUCCGUGAUGUGGGGGAUCGGCGUCAGCGGCAGCGUCGCCACACAGAAGAACAAGAAGGGAAGGGUGCUUGUGGGAAGGUGCGCAGCUUGCGCAGGGAUGUUCAGCCACUCUUGCACCAACAGCGACGCCUUUCGUCUCGUUCAAGAGACCAUGCACGCCAAGUAGCGGGAGGAGAUGGAGCAAUUUCGUAUCGACGCCAGCGCCAUCGAAGAAGCAGCUGAAGAGGCGACACCAGCCACCGCCGCCGCGGCUGCCACCGACGGGGUCCCGAAGGCACUCAGCAUCUGCAGGCGCAACGACACCAGGUGGCUGUCCACGGAUCGGUUUCUGGAGAGACUGUGCGUCCUCGACGAAGCGAUCGGCGAAUUCCUCAAAGGCCGCCCAGACAUGGCUCACCGGGGUCUCUCACCUUCCGAGUGGAUGGCGACAAAGGAGCUCUGCAGCGUACUGGAGCCGCUGAAGAUCGUCACCCACAAGAUCCAAGGUGGUGCUGAAGGACUUCUCAGCCGCGCCAUCUACCUUGCCCACGACGUCGGCGAAAUGCUCCGCGAGGAUGCCAUCGAGACUAUCGACUGGGCCAGCCGGAAGGCCAAGGGGAAGGACUCCACUCCCGGCCCCAUGGUAAACGUCGCCAAGCUCUCCGACGUCGCCUACACGGCCGUUAAAGUCAUCGGCGAGGAGUUCAAGAAGCGCAACAUCGGCACCCCGGUUGAAGACGUCGAAUUUCUAGCCCUGUUCUUCGACCCGCGAACCAAGAACUUCGGCAAGAGCGUAUGUGGGGGAGAAGAGGGCAAGCAGAAAGCUCUGGCGGCGCUUUCGGGUGUGUCGAUCCACACGGUCGAGGCAGUUGGCGCCGUCGGUGUGCAAGCCCCACCUGCUGCCACCCCGCCGCCCGAGAAACGAGCAAGGGUGGCCACGACCGCGUACGAGAGGCGUCAGGUGCGGAAGGUGAAGGAGGCAGCAGCCGCGCGGACGACUGCGCGUAGAGACCAGCCGUCUGUGACGGACCGCUUGGAGAAGGAGGUGGAUGAAUACAGCAAGCUGCCUGCCGCCGUCCCCGCGAAGGACUAUGACGUCCUCGGUUUCUGGCAGGAUGCCGGCAGCCCGCGUCUUGACGCCCACGGCAACAUUGUUUCUGCAGCGCAAUUCCCCAUCUUGUCCAUGCUUGCUCGCGUGUACCUUUGCAUUGACAGCACUAGUUGCCAAUCAGAGAGGGACUUUUCGGGGCUGGGAUUC